UCACUAACAGCAGCUUCCUGCUGCCUCAGGCAGGACUGGAAUAAAAGCCGGUGAUGGGUGGGGAAAGAGGGAACUGCGAUCCGAGCUGGUUCUUUGGAAGCUACCUUGCCGGCUGUUGACUGACCGAGAGAGAUUAACUUGUGGGGAAGGGCAGAACACAAUUAUCCGCCCUGCUCCUGCUCCCUGGGCCAAUCCACCCUUUAGGCACAGCUCCUGGAGGCGUUGGGAGGUUCCUGGCUGGAGAUCUUGACAUUGUGCGAUCCUCAGAUUUGAGGACAGAUUUGACAGACCAGAUCUCUCUUGGCCGGCCAGGAAGUCACAUUAUAAAGCGACGCUGCGCCUGUCUCCGUCCAAAGAGCACACGAGGCUGCGCACGCUAGAGCUGCAGCCCCUUGGCACGCAGGGGCCUUCCUGGAGCCAGCAGCCCCCACCGGCAUGGAGCGGCUGGGCAUCGCAUUGCUGCUGGUGACUGCAGUGACCAGCCAGAAUAACCGGAUCAUCGGUGGUGCCCCCUGCACGCCUCACUCCAUGCCCUGGCAGGCCGCCCUCUUUGUGGGCCCCCAGCUCAACUGUGGAGGGACCCUGAUUGCCAGGAACUGGGUGAUCACCGCAGCCCACUGCCACGUCAAUUGCCCCAUCAGUGUGCGCCUGGGAGAGCACAACAUCAAGCAUCUGGACUGGACAGAGCAGCUGAGACUCUCAGACAAAAUGAUCCUCCACCCCCGCUAUAACCCCGCCAGCAAGGACAAUGACAUCAUGCUCAUCAAAUUGCUCACCCCGGCUAACUUCAACAAAAAUGUCCAACCCCUGGAGCUACCUACCAGUUGCUCCUCCUCCGGGGAGGAAUGUGUGAUAUCCGGAUGGGGAACAACAAAAAGCCCUCAAUUGUACUUCCCACCUGUUCUCCACUGUGGCAACGUCUCCAUUUUCUCCAAGGAACUGUGCCGCAGUAUCUAUCCUCACUACUACACCGAGAACAUGCUGUGUGCUGGGGUGCUGGAAGGGGGAAUAGACUCGUGCCAGGGAGAUUCCGGGGGACCCCUACUCUGCAAUGGGAAACUCCAAGGCAUUGUGUCUUGGGGGACCCAGACAUGCGCACUGCCCAACAAACCAGGUGUCUACGUCAGCGUCUGUAAAUACAUCGACUGGAUCCGGGAGACUAUGAACAACAACUGAUCCUCGGUACCUCAGGACACUGCGGUAUCCCUCCCUCUCCGACCUGCGCUGCCGCAUAGGGUCCGUACAGUGCCGUUGCAGGUGCAUUAGCCAGAUUGUCCCUCCUGGCUCUGUGCACAGAUGUUAAAUAAUAAAGGCCCUCUGCUGCUGGGAGCGGUUAGUUCAUGGACGCACCACAUGAUUUCACGCCUUCUUCUUAGUGUAGCACCAUGCCCUGUAAGUAUAAUGCUUCACUGCAGCAUCUGGGCGCCUCACAAUCGCCAAUGUCUUUAUCCUCACACACCCAUUUGAGGCAAAGCAGGGCUAUUCUCCCCAUUAUAUAGCUGGGGAAACUGAGGCACGGAGCAGCUAAGCGAUUUGUCCAUGCUCACACAGGACGUCGGUAGCAGAGCAAUGACUUGAACCUGGGUCUCCAAGGUCAAGGUAUGUGCACUAACCACUAAGCCAUCCCACCCACCGUCCCUUGCUCCCCUUCCCUGUCAGCUGGUUGGAAAAGCGGGUCGCGUCAGAAAUGGAAUGUUCCAUGGGAAAAUGCAGAACUUCUCCUGGGGGAAGAUUCCAAAGUGUGGGUAAGCAGGAAACAACUACUUUCUCUUUCCCCAAUGGGCAGAAAAUGGGACAAAAGUUUGUGAAACCUCCCUCCCACUUUUUCAUUCUUUGGUGCUGGCCAAAGUUGGGAAAUAAUGUGAGACAAUAGGUUUCCCUCUGCAUUUUCUUUCUUUUUUGAACGUUUUCCCACAGGGAAACAGAAAUUUCCUGGUGGGAAAAUGUCAGAAGGGGGGUGUUUUCUCCCCUCCCCGGUGCAAAAAAUCUGUUGAACACCAAGAGCCAUUGACUUUGGAUGAGGAACUGAGUGGAGACACAUUUGAUCCCAGGCUCCCAGCAUGCAAACCCUCUUUGCCAUUUCAGAACGAGCCAGUAUCUCUGACCCAGCAGCCCUCGACUCGGCACAAGAACCUGGAGGUGUUGGGCAAAUGCAGAUUAAACCUUGGAAGAUCUAGUCCAGCCAGAGAGCCAGGCCCAUAGAAGAAAAAGGAGGCUCCUGAAACUACAACUUCCAUAAUGCACCAUGGUGGUUUAGCAAGAGGGGGAGACUGCGGUGCAUCAUGGGAGCUGUAGUCAAACCACGGUGCCUGGCCCAUAGAGGAAAAUGAGGGUACAAGGCACCUGAACUACAUUUAUUUACUUAUUUCCUGUUUGAACUAGGGCAGAUCUUUUAGAAAAAAACAUCCCAGCUUGACUUAAAAACAGCCAAUGAUGGAGAAUCCCCUACGGUCCUUGGUACAUUCUUUCAAGAAUUAAGUACCCUUCCUGUUAAAAAUAUAGCAUCGUAUUUCUAGUCUACAUUUGUCUCCCUUCAACUUCCAGCCAUUGGAUCUUGUUAGAUCUUAGCUAGAUUGAAGAGGCCUCCAUGAUCAAAUUGCUACUUAAGGGCUGGGAUCACGUCACCCCUUAACCUCCUCUUUGUUAAACUGAAUAAACCAAGCUCCUUGCGUGUGUCACUAUAACGCAUGGUUUCGAAUCCUUUACUCGUUCUGGUGGCUCUUCUCUGCCCCCUCUCCAACUGAUCAUCGGCCUUCUUGAAUUACGGAUGCCAGAACUGGAUGCAGUAUUCCAGCAGCGGUCGCAUCAGUGCCAAACACAACGUUCCACUCCAUGAAAGAGACAACAUGCAGUUUUCACACCACUUAAGAAAAGGGACAGGAGAGGCUCAUGCAGACCUUUGAGGCUUGUAUAAUCCUCAUUUCGCUUCCGUGCAUGAGCCCCUGUAUCGCUAGGCCGGAACGGGCAAAAAUCACGAGCUUGCGUUUAAAAAUCACGCGAUCUUUACAAAAAUAAUAAACGCUGGCUCACCAGUUCCGGUGUCCACAUCACUGAAGGGAAGUUGAACAAUGGCAGAGGGUGCAGAGAAGAGCCGCGGAAAUGAUCUGAGGGCUGCAGAAAAGGCCAGAUGUUAGGGCUCCCCUGCCCCCCCUUGGUUCUUAUCACACAGACAGAAACCAGAAGGCCACAGUCCAAAACGCAGGCAAUGCGAUGUUUAUUGCGGUUAACAAGCAAACAUAUCCAUAGCUCUGUACAGCAGUAGAGC